GCAGCAGGAAGCCGGGCGGGGACUCGCGGAGGCGUUGGGGAGCGGGGGAGGGCGCGGCCAACUCCCGGAGGGACGGCAGGCCAAGAGAGCGGCGCCCGGGCCUGGCGCCCAGCCUGAGCCCGCCGGACUCCAGGCAGCCCCGCCGCGGGCUCGGCCCCGGCCCCAGUCCCGCGAGCAUGGCCGGCCGGACCGUGCGAGCCGAGACCCGGAGCCGGGCCAAGGAUGACAUCAAGAAGGUGAUGGCGACCAUCGAGAAGGUCCGGAGAUGGGAGAAGCGCUGGGUGACUGUGGGUGACACUUCCCUUCGAAUCUUCAAAUGGGUGCCUGUGGUGGACCCCCAGGAGGAGGAGAGACGGCGGGCAGGUGGCGGGGCAGAGAGAUCUCGUGGACGGGAGAGGCGGGGCAGGGGCACCAGUCCCAGAGGGGGUGGCCCUCUCAUCCUGCUGGAUCUCAAUGAUGAGAACAGCAAUCAGAGUUUCCAUUCUGAAGGUUCCUUGCAAAAGGGCACUGAGCCCAGUCCUGGGGGGACUCCCCAGCCCAGCCGCCCAGCGUCACCAACUGGACCCCUAGAAGGGAUUACUGAGGAAACUCAGCCCCCACAACUUGGUCAAGAGAGAGACCCUGGGGGAACACCUGCAGGCGGCACUGAUGAACCCCCGAAGCUGACCAAGGAGGAGCCUGUGCCAGAAUUGCUGGAAGCUGAGGAUUCCGGAGUGAGACUGACAAGGAGAGCCCUGCAGGAGAAAGGCUUGAAAACUGAGCCCCUCAGAAGGCUUCUUCCCAGGAGGGGCCUCCGGACAAACGCUCGGCCUAGUUCAGUGCUGGACCCCAGAGCUCCGGUGGGUGGGAGCAAGGCCCAGAGGGCACCCAGGACGAUACCCCAAGGGAAGGGGAGGUGAGCCGACCACCCGUCAAGGUGAGGCCCCUAGGUUUUCCUUAGCUGCCUCAAGAUCCAGCCACACCACUCAACAAUGGAAAGAGCUUCUCAGCUGGACGUCUGCCGCGGGCACAUGGGGGUGAGCAGCCCUCCACCUGCCCCGAAUCGUAGGUCAUGCUUGUCAAGGGCCUAAAACUAUGGGGCUUUAGGCAAGACACGGACCAGAGGGAGCGCCUGAGGAUGCCUGUAGGUGAAGCCUAGCAGCAACUUGAAUAUACAAAAGGGUGGACACUGGGCCUACUUGCCCGUCUCAGUAGACACCAGCGCCGUCAUCCGCCAAAGGACCAGGGAAGGUCCCCAUGGUGGGCGGCACCUUCAAUCCUUAGCACCACAAGGUCUACACUGGCAAGAGGCCCUGCUAGUGGGGUGUGAGUGAGCAGGAUCUGGAGCACCUAUCAACACUGUGUGACACCAUGGCUGGGGUCUGCGUGUCGUGGUGCAGCAUCGAAGUUCUUGCAUGUGUGGAUGCAUGCGCAUGCCUAGAGACACUCCUUCUAUGCGUCUGGCAACCUCCCCUCCUCCUGCAGGCCUAUGGACUCUAGACCUGCUAAUGGGUUUACCUUUGGCGCUAGAGGGCACAUGCCAACCAGGAUGCCAAUCUUGCCAGUCAAGCUGGGGGCACACAUGGUCCAGACAACUGCCUCCUGCUGCAGGAUCCACAUGCAGAAAUGCAUAGAGACGUGCCUGGCGUGGUGGCGCACGCCUUUAAUCCCAGCACUUGGGAGGCAGAGGCAGGAGGAUCUUUGUG